AUGGACAACGUUACGGUUAUUAAGGGUAACAUCGUCACGACCUCAAAGGUCCUAUACGGCGGCUGUGUCAUUGUCGUGAAUGAUCUCAUUGCAUCGGUGUGUGGCAAUGAGACUCUUGUCCGAAAGGAGCUCGGUGAGCUCGAGAACACGCACCCCGGCAUAGGCGCGGCCACCUGGCAAGAGGCCGCAUUUGUGCUCCCUGGGUUCGUGGAUAUUCACAACCACGGACUGGGUGGUGCGAGCGAUGUGAUAGGGCACUGGUCAAACCCAGAGUACUCCCUAAAGGAGCUGGCUCGGUGCGGCACGCUGACGACCUUGGCGUCCAUCAUCUUCUCCGAUAGCCACAAGAAACUGGUGACGGACUGUAUUGAUGCCAUCGAGAAGCGUGUGGGGUCCUAUACGGAGGACAACUGUAUCUUGGGCGGCAUCCAUGCCGAGGGCCCCGUCAUUCACGACCGCGGCGGCCUCCCGGAGUGCAAGAGUGAAAUAAGCCUCGACGACUUCAAGCGGCUCGUCAACUCUAUGCCGUCCUUGCGCGUCAUGACCAUCUCGCCCCACAUCGAGGCACGGUGCAACUACGAGAAGAUACGCCAUCUGCUCAAGAAGAAGGUGCGCGUCGCGCUCGGGCAUGACCGCGCCGCCACCAAGUCGGAGAUCAUGUGCGCUCUCAAGCUGGCGGCGUCGGAGGAGGAGAAGAUGCAUGUUACCCACUUGUGCAACGUCUCCACCUUCAAUCACCGUGCCAGCUCACUGGUGAACGCGGCCAUGUGCCCGCGGUUUCCGAACGCCCCACUCUACAAAGGGGCGCGCCCGCCAACGCUGGAGAUCAUUGCUGAUCUCAUUCAUGUCGAUAGCGUCACACUGCAGUCCGUCCUGUCGUCACGCAGCGUCGACGACAUUGCCAUUAUCACAGACUGUAUCUCGGCACACAUCCCUGGCAAGCAUGUGGUGUACAACGGGCGUGACAGCGUCGUGCAGGCGGGUGGGGCGUGCUAUCUCUGCGACUCUUUUGGUCGCGCGUCCAGCACCCUGGCUGGCGGCACUAGCAUGCUAGCCGACCUGUUCCAUAUCCUGAUCACACUCUUCGGCAAGGAUGUCGUCGAGGCCUGCUUGCACACCGCCACCGUUCCCGCCCGAAUCGCGAACCUUCCUGACGUGGGUGCGAUCGCUGUGGGAAAGAAGGCCAAUCUGCUCCUUUUUGACGCGGAGCUCAACACGAUCGAGAAGCGCAUGAUUUACGGACAGUGGACCUCGCACAAACCGUACAGGAUUCUCCACCCCUCUGUAGCCCAUCUGUGA